CCACCGCCGCCGCCGCCGGCACCGCCACCACCGCCGCCGCCUCGGAGCCCGGGCCUGGGGGGCGGUGGGGCCGCGUAUGGAGCCCCCGCCCCCCGGAGCUGCCAACAUUGCCAACGCUGCCGCCGCCCUACGCACAGGUUCCCCUGGGAUGACGUGAGCGCUCCCCCAGCGAUGGACCCAUCUGUGACGCUGUGGCAGUUUCUGCUGCAGCUGCUGAGAGAGCAAGGCAAUGGCCACAUCAUCUCUUGGACCUCACGGGAUGGUGGUGAGUUCAAGUUGGUGGAUGCAGAGGAGGUGGCCCGGCUGUGGGGGCUGCGCAAGAACAAGACCAACAUGAAUUACGACAAGCUCAGCCGAGCCUUGCGGUACUACUAUGACAAGAAUAUCAUCCGCAAGGUGAGUGGCCAGAAGUUCGUCUACAAGUUUGUGUCCUACCCCGAGGUCGCAGGGUGUUCCACUGAGGACUGCCCACCCCAGCCCGAGGUGUCUGUCACCUCCACCGUGGCAAAUGUGGCCCCUGCUGCUGUACAUACCACCCUGGGAGACACUGCCUCUGGAAAGCCAGGCACACCCAAGGGUGCAGGAAUGGCAGGGCCAGGCGGUUUGGCGCGCAGCAGCCGUAACGAGUACAUGCGCUCGGGCCUCUAUUCCACCUUCACCAUCCAGUCCCUGCAGCCACAGCCACAGCCACCCCCUCAUCCUCGGCCUGCCUCGGUGCUCCCCAACACUGCUCCUGCAGGAGCAGCAGCGCCCCCCUCGGGGAGCAGGAGCACCAGUCCAAGCCCCUUGGAGGCCUGCCUGGAGGCUGAGGAGGCUGGCCUGCCUCUGCAGGUCAUCCUGACCCCACCUGAGGCCCAGAAUCUGAAAUCAGAAGAGCUGAAUGUAGAGCCAGGUUUGGGCCACCCAUUGCCUCCAGAAGUGAAAGUAGAAGAGCCCAAGGAAGAAUUGGACGUCGCGGCAGAGGCGGGGUUUGUGCCGGAAACUGUUAAGGCUGAGCCGGAAGUCCCUCCUGCGGAGGGCGUGCCAGCCCGGCUGCCCGCCGUCGUGAUGGAGGCUGCACCGCAGGUGGGGGGCCUCGCGGCUUCCAGCACUGAGGUCGCCCAGCCGCAGAAGGGCCGAAAGCCCCGAGACCUGGAGCUUCCACUCAGCCCGAGCCUACUGGGUGGGCCGGGACCCGAACGGACUCCAGGCUCAGGAACUGGCUCCGGUCUGCAGGCGCCUGGGCCGGCACUGACGCCGUCCCUACUGCCAACGCAUACAUUGACCCCGGUGCUGCUGACGCCCAGCUCACUGCCUCCCAGCAUUCACUUCUGGAGCACCCUGAGUCCCAUUGCACCCCGUAGCCCGGCCAAGCUCUCCUUCCAGUUUCCGUCCAGUGGCAGCGCCCAGGUGCACAUCCCUUCCAUCAGCGUCGAUGGCCUCUCGACCCCCGUGGUGCUCUCCCCAGGGCCCCAGAAGCCAUGACUACCACCACCAUCCCCUUCCGGGAUCACUCAGUCCAUGCCCCUGAACUUCUCUCCAGCCAGCCAUCUCAAGGAGAAACAUAGUUCAACUGACAGACUCAUGCUCUGGUUGUGGUGGGGUGGGGAUUCUUGGAAAGAAGGAUCUCUUAACAACUCCUCCACGGAAAACACACAACUUCUGUCUUCUUCGUCAGUCCCCCAGUGGCCGCCUUCACACGUCUCCUACUUCAGUGGUAGGGGCGGUUUAUUUAUUUAUUUUUUGAAGGCCACUGGGAGGAGCCUGGCCCAACCCUUUUAGCAGGGGUGGUUAGCACAUCUCCCCCACCUCCCUACUUUUUUUCCCAAGACAAGACAAUCUGGGUCUGGCUUGAGAAGGCUCUUUCUUUAUUUAUUUCUCAGCCUGCCCUUGGGGAGAUGAGGAAGCCCUGUCUUCCGUUUUGGGAUGUGGGUAGAAGAGCUAGUUUGUUUCGUUUUAUUAUUCCUGACCAUAUCAAGGGUCUAGGAGGAAUUUGUACCAUUUAAUGGGUUGGGAGUCUUGGCCAAGGAAGAAUGACACCCUUGGAAUAAGAAUUUCCACCUCCCCAACCUUUCUCUCAGACAGCUUGUCCUUCUUUCAAUCAACUUUUUGGCCAGGGAGGAAUGCUCCUUUGUUCUUCUCCUCCCUGAGAAGCCAUCCCUUUGUCUGCCAAACUCCCUGGGGUCCUGCCUGUUACCUCCCAAUGGAGGGUUUUCUUGGGGGAUGGUCCCCGUCUGGGGGGCCCCUCCAGCCAGUACUCCAGGUCUCCCUGUCUCUCACCCCCUGCCAUUUUGAUAGUAUAAUCUAUUUUUAAAUGGGGCUUUUCAAUAGGGGAGAGGGGGGCAUCUCUUCCUAUAUCUGAUGGGGUGGGUGGGAAGGAAGGGAUUUGGGGGGGAAUCCUCCUGCUACCCCCAAGUGUUUAUUUUUGAUACCAAACAUGUAUUUUCAGCUCCCUCCCUCCCAGCCCCCCAAUUUCCUGCGGGCGGGUACAAAGGACCCUUUAAGUGUCCCUGGAGUUGGGAGGGAGGAAUGGGGACAUAAAGCCUGUCCUAUCUCGAUUCCAGGCCAGAGAGAGUGGGUUCAGAAGACUCCUGGGCACACCUCCUGUCAGCACCAGCCCAGCCCAGGCCUGGGGACCUGGGGGUUGGUGAUUUGGGGGACGGUGCUACACUCGUCUCCACCAUGUUUUACUUCCCCAAAAUGGACCUUUCUUUUCUAAGAGUCCCAGAGAAUGGGGAAUUGUUCCUGUAAAUAUAUAUUUUUAAAGGUG